AUGAAACAACGACGAAACAAACUUGAUCAGAAAACUGAAAAAGAGAUCGACGAGCAUAUGUAUAUUGAAUUAGAUUUACAAUGCUGCUGUCCACAAUCACAACUCAACAACAACGCAUCCAUUCAGUUUUCUCGCCGUUAUCUUCAAUGUCAGAGUUCAAUGCCUGUUGCUAUUCUUCGAUCAUAUAUACAACUCAUUCUACCACAUUCUUCCAUGACACAAGUGACAUUCUAUGAUUCUCAACAUCGACUUCUACAUGAUCAACAGCUUCUUUCUUCACUCCAACCACCACCUUCUUCUUCUUCCUCUAUACAUAUUCCGAUUCGAUUCUCACUGUUCAACACUAUCACCUCUCUUGCUCACUGCUCAUGUUCAUCGUCGACUCCAACUCUACCGCCGUCGAUAUCUUCGUCAUUCUCAUCUCCCACUGUCAUCAGACGUGAAACCAUCGAUCAAACUCUUUCCACUUGUUCGUCACUUCACCAUCCAUCGUCGAUGAUUUAUUCUCCUUGUUUGUCAUCAUCAUCAGCAUCAGUGUCAUCUCCGCCAACUCUCUCGGCAUCAUCGUCAGGCUCGGUCUCGAUUGUGAAUCUUCUCACUCCACCACCGUCGUCAUCGUCAUGUCACUCGUCGACUGUGAACGAGCACGAUUCGAGCAGUGCUGCUACUGCGAUUACUGAUCAGGCAAUAAUCGACGAAAUCACAUCACAGUUCGGUGAAAUCUGCCCAGCAGUAGUAAAGAAGAAUCGAAAUCGUUUGUCGAAGAAGACAGUGGCGAAGAUAUCGUCGAAUAUUCCACUUGAUUUGAGUAUGAAAAAGCGACCAUUGUCAGCGCUCGAUACGUUCUCAUCGCGACCGAAAUGGAUUAAAAUUUAG